AUGCUCACGUUGCAAACGCCAGCGGGUACUCGGUCGGACCGGACGGCUGUAAGAGCUUCCAGCAGUACAGCACUACCUCCAGUCGAACAAGACUCCUCGUAUCCUUUUGCAAACUCACACCUGUCUUCAGCACUUUCCGAGAUUUUGAGUCGACAAGAUAUCGCUAUGCAAGAGUUAAAUGACUGCGUUGCUCACAAGCUCCUGCCUGCAAUAUUCAAUGAUAACGACCAAAAUCCAGAGCCUUACUUUAAGGAGUCUCCCCUCCUCUUCUGGACAAUAAUCGCCACAGGUGCCAGGCACUUGGAGCACGCCAACAAGGUUUACCGAUUAGCUGCGCAAGAGAUCAGAGGCGGAAUAUUCCAGCCUUUGUUGCAUAUUAGAGACCCGAUCCCGAUUAUAAAAGCUUCUCUGAUCCUUUGUCUCUGGCCCCUUCCAGUAGAUACCAUGUGGAAAGACCCCUCUCACGUGUACGCAGGCACAGCCCAUUCUCUCGCUAUCCAGAACGGGCUCUUCGUUCAGGGUCACGAACAAGACUUUGCACGAACACACACUUGGUUGUCUAAAGAUAUGAGAGACUCUAGGGUCCACAUUUGGCUCAAUUGUUGUUUAGUAUUCCAAGCCUUAUGCGAUGGGCUGCCUCAUUCCGCCAUCACCGACUACAAACUAGCUAGGCUUGAGGAAAUAGUUGAAGCCCCGUUCCAUUAUCACAUCAAGUGUCAUGAGAUUCUCAUUGAUGCCAUCAGAGCGUUUAGUAACGUCAUCAACGAGGAAGACCCGGGUGGCAAGUCCUUACUACCGCUGAUCAGAAUCUUCAGUGAACAAGUGGAAGUCCUCCCCGUUCCUCCCCGCAACGACUUAUCCACAGAAGUCCUCGAUGUCGUGUCCCGCUUAGAUGCCACGCAGGACUUCGCCUUCUACGCGUCAAAUAGCUAUACCCGCAUGGCCUUGCUGGCGGCGUUUUGCAUCCUAAGAAUUGUCCGAAGCCCGCUCAGAGAGCAGAUUGAUUUGCGGGAUGCUGAACAGUCAAUAUUCAAGGCCAUAUCCUUCGUCAAGAGGCGGUCCAUACAGAUCGGCGAUCUUGAUGAGAGAUACGGGACGAUACUGUCGCAGUUAUGGUCAAAUAGCAGCAACUCGUUGAACAUGGCUGCUCAUAAUGAUGGACUGGAUCUCAAGAUCCGUAGUCGAUUAUUUAUGAGUGUGGUAUUUGACUCUCUUUGGUGGUGGCGAGUUGAAUACAACGGGCAAGGCAGUCCCUACGAUAUGGACAAAACUGCGCCAGACGCUGUGCAGGCUGACAUGGAAGGUGGCAGUACGUAUUGGAACUCUAUGACUGCCCCUGUAAAUGACAGCUUUGGGUCAAUCAACUUUCCUGAAUUUUAUAUGGAUUGGAACUUUCCUAUGAAUAUCGACUAUAUCGGGUAG